UCAAUAAAUCAACCUUCUUGAGCUAGAACUAAAAACAUGCACUUUAUUUCUUCUUCCCCAUACCAUACCCCACUUUAAUGCACUCUUCUGCAAUAAAUUCCCAUUCCCAUAAAAACAUCAUCUUUAUACUUUACCGGGAUCUGGGUCUCUUUCAUUUUUUCUUGAAAGACAAAGUAGAGCUUGUCUUCCACUCACAUUAAAAGAACAAAAAAAGCCUUUUAUGAUUUGUGAAGUCCAAAUCAUGUUUCUAAUUCGUUGUAUUGUACUGUCGACUUGAUCUUUUUAAGGUCACUCCUAUAUUUGAGACAAGACCCAAAUCCUCAAAUAAAACAUAGUUGAAUUAAGUGACAAAUUUGGUUUGCAAUGAGGGUUCAUCAUCAAAAUGAACAAAGACAAUGUUCUUAUGGUGUUUUGAAGUGGGUUUUGGUUUGGAUGAGUGUGUGUUACAUUGUAUUCACAAUUGGACCACCAUCACGCUGGCGCUUCAAGCAAUCUCCUUGUCCUCAAUGUCAUCAUUGUUACUGUUCUUCAGUCGAAUAUCCUCUUGGUUCUUUGGAUUGUGGGAAACAUGAUCCAGCAAUGGAGGAAAUGAACAAGGAUCCACUGUCAAUGCUGUCUGAGGAGUUAAAGUUGCAGAAAAUUGUAGCCAAUGAGACUUUGGAACAGACCAAAAGAUUAGUAAUAAAUGCCAGGAAUACUUUCUCUCAUUAUAAAAAAGAAGUAGAAAAGUGCAGCAUAGGGAUGGAAACUUGUGAAGAAGCAAGGGAGAGAGCAGAGGCAGAGCUUGUUGAAGAGCGCAGGUUGACAGCAUUAUGGGAAGAACGAGCUCGUGAUUAUGGGUGGAAGGACAGGAGAUGAACAUGCUUAAGAAGAUAGCUACCAACUACUAAUAAACAAACUAUCACUACUUUAUGCUAACACUUCAUUGUAAUUAUAGCAUAGCUUUUUAUUAAUUGUGAUUAUUUAACCAUGGAGGCAAUGCCUUAAAACGAAAUUAGCGUUUUGUUGAAUUCCACUUAGCGGCAGGAUCUUAAACUAAAGGGCUUUACCUCUUUCACUUACAAGGAAUAAAAACUGAUUAUUGAAAACGCAGGCACAGUUAAAUCAA